AUGCCACAUAGAAAACGUGAAUCAUCUGUUAUAGUACAUAAAAAUAUUUUACCUAUAAUUGACCUCUCAGAAGAUUCGAAUGCAACAACUACUAUUAUUACAGAAGAAGCUUUAGAGAGCCAUUUACUUGAUAAUGACAAUACUCAACCCAAUCAAGAAGAAUAUUCUCCAAUUGAUAAUGAAUAUUUUAACGAUGAUGAUGAUGAUCAUAAUACGACCCAUUCUAUCAAUAAACAAAAAAAUAGAGAUACUAAAAGAGACAAAGAUAAGCAAAAGAGAACUCGUACGCUCAGUGAUAUGCAAAACGUGCAAAAUCAAUUGGUCACAAUAGUUCAAGAUGUACAUAAAAAAGCUACCGAAAUGUAUACAGAUUGGAAAGCUACUGGCUUUGGAGGCCAAUCAGAAAAUAACACUAAAUGGAUUGAAGCACAAUGUUUAUCACGACAAGCUAGAAGUAAUAUUGUUCAACGAAUUAAAGAUGCAAUUCAUGACAAAUUUUCUGAUCUCACAAAGCCUAAGACUCAAAAUCGUCAAGUUACAAGUGAUGAAGAAAAGAAAUUUAAAAAUUCUGAUAUUACACGAGAAUGUUAUAUAAAAUUAAAUAAGCCAGUUGAUGUCAAUGAUAAUCCACAUUAUACUUUCCUUAACUUAAUUAUUAAUCGUGUAUUUACAAAUCCAAAAACAGAAAAGAACUCUAUUGCCUUUGGGAUGGCAGUCGUCUUAAACUAUCUUGAUCCAUCAAAAGGAGUCAAUAUAGUUCCAAUUGAAGUAAUUGAGCGAAUGAAUUUUUUUCUUGAGAGGAUGCAGGUUUCAGAACGUGAAAGUUUAUAA